ACUGCCUCUCUCUUGCGCCAUUCUCUUCUGCAGACAGGAACAUUCUCCCUCUGUCUCUGGAUGAGGGAACUGCAGAUUGAAAGUGCUUGCAACCAACUGCUGGUACCCGAAUGAAGUGUAGCCUGUCUCCUGAAAAAGCAUCCUAUUUUUGUGGGACAUUUGCUGCAGACUAACCAAUCAGCAUCUUUAUUUGUAAUGCUGCCUGAAGAGUAACUUGGACAUUUUUAGUUUCCUUCCUUCUUCCUUUUUAUUUUUUCCUGUGUUGCCCUUCUUGACCAGCAUGAUUUUCACCACAGCUGCUAUCCUUGGAGCUACGCUGGGCACUGCGUCAGGCAUCCUCACUCUCUGUGGGCUCUCACUGAUCUGCAGGUCCUGUAAGAAAGGCAAGUCGGAAAGUGGUGAAGAUGCAGACCCAGAGAAGGCUAAACCCAGUGUUCUGCACUCCUCAGAGAAGUUCAGUGUGGAAAAAUCCACAGAGCCCAUCCAACCAAGGACAUUGUUGAAAUUUCCUAAAAUAUACAAGCCCAAACCAUCUGUGACCUCAUCUGAGGUCAUCAGCUACCCUGAUCAUGCCUCAGAGAAGGGGGGCGAGCCCUCUCCCGAGGGACCCUCGACUGAGCCUGAUGCUGGUAACCAAGCAACUGACAGCUCUGACACAUUCACGAUCCUCAGACAAGACUCAAAGGACAAAACCCCCUGUGCAAGGGCUCUAACCAAUGGGAUGACAACAAGCAGCUCCAUCCUCCACCCUAAGCUGCAUUUCUCUCUCACCUAUUAUACAGACCAGAACGAGCUACACAUCACUGUGAUAGAAGCGGAGCAUUUGAGUGUGGGGUCAGGCUGUGAGGGCUAUGUGGCCGGAGUCCUGACCUUAGCAGCAGGACAGAGGGAGGCCCAGACUUCGUUGCGACGCCUGACCAGCCACACCCGCUGGGAGGAAGGCCUGGUGUUCUCCCUACCAGGGGGGUAUGAGGUGGAGGGCGAAGUGGCUCUCUCCCUUCACAGUUGUGACCACUUCUCCCAGAACACCAACCUGGGCGUCAUGAGGUUCAAGCUGGUUGAUGUGGGCAUGAUGUCCAACGCAGACUGCUGGGUCGACCUACAACCACCAAAACAGGAUGUCCAGGCAGCUGGAGAGCUCCUGCUGUCUAUAAGUUACCUGCCUGCAGCCAACCGGCUGGGAGUAGUGGUGAUGAAGGCUCGAGGACUACAGUCAGACAAGCUGAAGAACUCCAUAGACCUGUCUGUGAAACUGGCCCUGAAGCACCAGACUACCAAGCUGAGGAGGAAGAAGAAGCAGACGCGACGGGUCAAGCACAAGAUGAACCCAGUGUGGAAUGAGAUGAUGAUGCUGGAGGUUCCCCGCGAGCUGCUGUCUAAAUCCAGUCUGGACUUGGAGGUGUUGAACCAGGCAGGUCCUAGUGAGCAGGAGUCCCUGGGCCACUGUCAGCUGGGUUUACAGGCCUCUAACACUGGCCUCCAACACUGGCAGCAAAUGCUAGACAACCCCCGUAAGCAGAUCGCCAUGUGGCACCCGCUGUUUGACUAAGAUAACCACCUGUCCGCUUUGCCCUUCCAAAUACCCAAAUGGGGGGGG